UUCCCGGCGCCCUGUAAACUGGAGCUGCACCGCCGCACCCACACCGGGGAGCGGCCGUUCGGGUGCGAGGUCUGCGGGAAGCGCUUCCCCAGCGGCGACGCGCUGAAGGUUCACCGGCGCUACCACACCGGGGAGCGGCCGUUCGGCUGCGAGUCGUGCGGCCGCCGCUUCUACAUCUCCAGUAGUCUCCUCCUGCACCGCCGCCUCCACACCGGGGAGCGGCCCUUCCCGUGUGGGCUGUGCGGCCGCCGCUUCAUCGCCUCGGCCGAGCUGCUGAAGCACCAGCGGUCGCACGGGGAGGCGGGCGGCGGGGGGUCGGGGUCGGGUCGGGCCGCGCGGCCCCGCGCGCGCCGCUCCCCGGACAGGCCCCUCCCGUGCGGCCUGUGCUCGCGGCACUUCCGCAGUCCCGCCUCCCUGGCGGCGCACCGCCUGUCACACACACCGCCCGACCAGCGGCCCGCGCACCACUGCGCCUCCUGCGGCGGCCGCUUCCCCACCGCCGGGCGGUUGGCCGAGCACCGGCGCUCCGCGCACGCGGGCGAGAGGCCGCACCCGUGUCCGCUGUGCGGCAAACGCUUCGGUACCCCGCGGGGCCUCACCGCCCACCGGCGCACUCACAGCGGCGAGAGGCCCUUCCCCUGUCCCUCCUGCGCCAAGUGCUUCUCCACCUCCAGUAACCUACUGCUGCACCAGCGCAUCCACACCGGGGAGCGGCCCUUCCUCUGCCCCGUCUGCGGAAAGCGCUUCUGCCGCGCCAGCCACCUGGCCAGGCACCGCGCCACACACCGGCCCGCGGGCCACACACCGGCCCGCGGGCCACACACCCGGCCACGGGCCGCCAGGCAAUAA